CGCCAUGGCGGGUCGCGGCCUCGGCUCCUGCGAGCACUUGGAGCGGCUGCACGAAAUCUUCCGCGGCCUCCGUCAGGAGCUGCAGGGCGCCCCGGAGAGGCUGCGCGGGAGCUUGGCGGCCGAGGAGAAGAAAAAACUGCUUCGAGAAUUUGAAGAAAAACAAAAAGACGCAAAUGAAACGCUGCGGGAAAUGGAAGAAGAACUGAAAUUUGCUCCGGUGUCCUUCCAAAAUCAAAUGAUGAUAAAAAUUCGUACUUAUAGAAGAGACCUUGCCAUGUUCCAGAGGAAAAUGAAAAGUACAGAUUUGGGAGUUGUACCGGUAGUACCUGGAGAUAAAAAAUAUGGUAUCUUUUCUGAAGAAAAUCAACAAAGUACUCAAGUACAGUCUCAGAGGGUGCUGCUGCUUCAGGGAACAGAAAGCCUGAACCGAGCUAGUCAAAGCAUAGAGCGUUCACAUCAGAUUGCUGCAGAGACGGAUCAAAUUGGUACCGAUAUCAUUGAAGAACUUGGGGAUCAACGGGAACAACUGGAACGCACCAAAAGCCGUCUAGUAAACACAAAUGAGAACUUAAGCAAAAGCCGGAAGAUUUUACGUUCCAUGUCAAGAAGACUCAUGACAAACAAACUGCUUCUCUCGGUCAUCAUAAUUCUGGAAGUAGCCAUCCUGGCAGGCAUUGUCUACUACAAGUUCUUUCGCUGAGCUUUCGAGACAGCUCUCUGCCUUUAUGUCUCCCAUCAUCUCAAGGACUAUAUACAGACAUUGCCAAGCAGCAGCUCUUUGACAGAGGCUGGAAAAGGUAGAUUAU